AUGCUCCCGGGGCCGACUCAAAGCAAAGAGGUCAUAGAAAUCCCACCGGUCCUGGCGAAGUACCUGGCCCAAGAGGAUUUGAAGGAGUUCGAGUGUCCCUACUGCUUCACCAUGUGCUCGAAGCGACUACUGCACAAAAAGGCAUGGACUGCUCAUAUCCUGAAGGAUCUUCGUCCUUAUGUAUGCACUUAUGAGAGGUGUCCAGAUGCCAGUCAACUCUACGACAGCUUUACCGACUGGGCCAAUCACGAGAACCAGGCCCAUGGAUAUGUACACCAGAAAAGAACAGACCAAGGCCACGAGCAUGGUAUUUCCGAGCCCUUCCACGCCAACACCGCUGCCGCUUCUGCUGCGAUGGACAAUGUAUCUCUGGCACCUGGUCGGACAUGCCCCUUUUGUCAGGACACAUUUGACGCAUUUGGGAAAGCACAACAACAUGUCGCCAACCAUCUUAUUCGAAUUGCCCUGUUUGCCAUGCCCCGCUCUGUGGGUGCUGAGACUGAAGAUGAAGCCCAGGAUGGCAAAUCCGACCAAAAUGCCACGGGGGUGACGGAUGAAGACCAAAUGGACGUGUCGCUCGCCCAUUCAGUCGCCCUGACCUUCGACAGCACUCCUCAGUCUCCGCGGGAAGCUCUCGUUGAGGACGAGGAUCGAGACUCGCUAAUAGAUCCUCCAAGUCCAAUUCGAGAAGACGAUGAUGAUUUUAUGCCACCUUCUCCCGUCAUGCCUUUUGUCGAACGGACUUUUGACAGUACUCCUCCAUCUCCGCAGGAAGCCCUCGCUGAUGAUCUAAGCUGGCUGGAAGAUCCUCCAAGUCCAAUACGAGAAGACGAUGAUUUUGAUAUGGCAUUUCCUGCACAAAGUCCAACAGCACAAGCACGCCUACUCAGGCAGAGAAUAUCACCAGAAGGACCGAUACCUGACAAAUGGACUAAUAUCCUUCCGGCCCCAACUGAGAGCGAGAGUUCUCUUUCGUCUCCGCGACAAGUGUCUCCGCGACGAGAUUUUCUAUUAGACUCCGACCUCGAAGAGCGUGAAGACCUCGCGGAAAAGAUUGUUACGCCGCCCCUGCCACCCAGCCGAAGUGAGGGCGAGGAGGAAGAAAUCAUCACCGCCAAGAGGGCAGAGGGGACAGAAGGCGAGGACCUUAGUAAUCCACUUCCACAACCUAUACUCAAUGACAAGAAUAAUGCAGCCCUGGAGACUUUCAUCGUUUUGCGGAAGAGGAACGAGCUGCCAGAGAGGAACGACGACGCAUCCGCAGAGAAGAGAUUGAAGCGGAAGAGGAACGAGCUGCCAGAGAAGAGAUUGAAGCGGCAGAAGCCAAAUUCUUCCCGAAGCCUUUCUUCCCGAAGCCUAUACGCCACCCAAGAGACGUUCUCAGACCUGAAUAUCAUCGGCGUGGCUCCCGCCCCGACUCCGCGUCCAAUCCACAGUAUAACUCCAUUUAUGCGAGAAGGCGGGAUCGAGGACAAGGAUGAAUAUUGCGUGUUAUAUCCCCCCACUUCAUCGCGAGAAGAAGAACACGACGACGACGACGACGAAGGGGAAGAUUUCAGGUGGUUCGAGGAGAAGGAAUCUGGAGACGAAGCUCCCACUCGGCGCAGAUAUCACAGAUAUCGCAGAGCAACAAGAUCUCCGGGCCGAAGCUCUAGUGGCGAAUCUGUUCUGAUGGUUGUCCGAGGGAACAAAGGUGAAGGCGGAGAUCAAGGCGGAGAUCAAAGCGGAGAUGAAGAGGUCACCUAUAUUCUCCAUCCCCCUUCUCCGUCUCGUCCCCGAAGUCCGUAUCUGGCUCCGAGAAUCAACGCUCCUCUGUCUACGCAAGAAUCCGUCGUUGGGUGGGAGAACCGAGAGCGGACGGAUGCUCCUACUCAAUUGCCAGGAAAUUACGACAAGGAAGAUCCUAUAAACCUCCCGGAGGUGAAGGUCAUAUCCAGAUACAAAGACUCUACGCCUUUGUCUCCUCCUUCUCUUCCUCCUCCUCCUCCUCCGGCUCGGCCUCAACGGCUUAGGCGCUAUGUCAAUGAAGACGAGCCUGACGUCAUCGACCGAGACCGGACAUCCGUCGAUAAUGUUCCUCGUGCGUCUGGCGGUCAAAGAAUGGAUGGUGUAGGGUCAGCUAGCGGUGAGAUAACAUGGCAGAGAGACAACGGGCCCAGCUAUGAGAGCCCAAAGGGACUUUGGACGGAAAUCACAAAGGAUAUGGUGGAGAAAGAAGCAAUUGUACAAAUGGGCUUUGAAUGCGAGGAAACGGAAGAUUUCUACUAUGUCACUGACUACCUGCGAUACGAGGACGUCGCUCAACUAGUGCGUCUUUCCGAUGACAUCCGACGAGAAAGACGGGCGAGAGUCAGAUCAAUCGUGGGGGAAGACCCAGAACCAGCCGGUGCGAUAGAGGCUAAAGGUGAAGGGGUCACACGCAUUGAGCCUAAGAAAGGUACACGGGAAGAGUCAACCUCGUCUAAAGGGGUCGAGAUCGGGCUCAAGGAUUCAGAUGAAGAUGAAGAUGAAGAUGAAGAGAUGGAGAAGAGACGUCGUGAAGAGAUGGUGAUUAGUUGGCAGAGAGAUUAUAUACUCAGGUAG